CGGGGAUCAAACUCAGGACUGCGCUUGCUAGGCAGGUGGCGCACCACUGAGCUUCAUCCCUGGCCCCUGGGUGUUUUUAAUCUCAGGGACAAAGAACACACUUAUCUUCUAAUUGGUAAGAAAAACUACAGGGCUGGGGAUUUGGCCCAGUGGUUCUGCUGCCUGCUUCGCAAGCGCAAGAACCUAAGUUCGAGCCCCGGUGGGGGGGGGUAAAAAAAAAGAAAAGCUACAUAUUCGCAGAGCCAAGCCCCGCCUUCAUGUCCCCAGACCCCCCCACCACAGGCCACUUCCCAAGGUCCCAUUUCUUUGUGUGUUGCAAGCUCUUCCUUUUCUCAAAGAUAGUGUGAUAAACAGAGCUUUCUUCUCUUUGCCUUUGCCCUGCUUUUCCCCGGGCUGCUUAUCCUGGCCAGCAUUUGACAUCCUUAGUGAAAAACGCAUUAAGUAAACAAAUAAACAUUACCAGAAGGAUCUUGCGGGUCGUGAGUGUGGCUGGGACCAAGGAGGGGCGGGGGCUUGGAGGGAGGGUGUUUUCCAGUUUCUUCCUCCAACAGUGCAAAUGCUCAGCAGCAAGGCCCAGCUGCGACAACUGGAGGCCUGGCUGAACCACUCCUCCACAGUCCUCCUGCGAGAGGGGGCGUGAGUGGGGCGUGGCCGCAACGUCUUUAUUCCAGCCGCACCCCCGGCACAGUUAAUCGCCGCUCUGAUCAUGGCCGCAGCCGCACUAGGGCAGAUAUGGGCCCGAAAACUUCUCCCUGUUCCUUGGCUUCUGUGUGGUCCCAGAAGAUGUGCUUCUUCCAACUUCAAGGCUGCAGACCUGCAAAUGCAAAUGACACAAGAGCCGCAAAGGAAGCCCAGCCCCACUGAGCCCCUGGUGUUUGGGAAGAUGUUUACCGACCACAUGCUCAUGGUGGAGUGGAGCGGGGCAACGGGCUGGGGCCGGCCCCGGAUCCAGCCCUUCCAGAACCUCAAGCUGCACCCGGCCUGCUCCGCUCUCCACUAUUCCCUGCAGCUCUUCGAGGGCUUGAAGGCCUACAGAGGCAGAGACCAUCGGAUCCGCCUCUUCCGACCCUGGCUCAACAUGGACCGGAUGCUGCGCUCGGCCCAGCGGCUCUGUCUGCCGACUUUUGACAAGGUGGAGCUGCUGGAGUGUAUCCGCCGGCUCGUGGAGGUGGAGAAGGACUGGGCUCCCCAGGGGGCCGGCACCAGUCUCUAUGUGCGGCCUGUGCUCAUCGGGAACGAGCCCUCGCUGGGCGUCGGUUGCGUCACACAAGCCCUCCUGUUCGUCAUCCUCUGCCCCGUGGGCUCCUACUUCCCCGGAGACUCCAUGGCCCCCGUGUCCCUGCUCGCAGACCCCACGUUUAUCCGAGCCUGGAUGGGGGGCGUGGGUGACUACAAGCUGGGCGGGAAUUAUGGGCCCACUGUGUUAGUGCAACGGGAGGCCCAGAAGAAGGGCUGCGAGCAGGUGCUCUGGCUGUAUGGGCCUGACCAGCAGCUCACCGAGGUUGGCACCAUGAACAUCUUCAUCUUCUGGACCCACCGGGACGGUGUACUAGAGUUGGUGACACCCCCGCUAGAUGGGAUAAUCCUGCCUGGAGUCAUCAGACAGAGCCUGCUGGACAUGGCCCAGUCCUGGGGUGAGUUCCGGGUGGCAGAGCGCAAGAUCACCAUGAAGGAGUUGCUGCAGGCACUGGAGGAGCGACGGGUACGGGAAAUUUUUGGCUCUGGCACUGCUUGCCAGGUCUGCCCCGUGCACCGGAUCCUGUAUGAAGGCAAGAACAUCAACAUUCCCACCAUGGAACAUGGGCCCGAGCUUAUUCUUCGCUUCCAGCAGGAGCUGAGGGCAAUUCAGUACGGAACCAGACCCCACGAGUGGAUGCUUGCCGUGUGACGCUGCGGCCUCGGCUGGACCACACCUCAGAUCAACCAACCUGUCACCGAUCCACCUGAAGUGCAAUAAGAGAGGACGAAGGCCUGAUGUCAGUGUCUCUGGCCCCCCCGUGGUGGUUGCUACACUCCCAAAGCCAUAAGGGGUGGGUCCUGCAACAAGGGGGCGACCAGGCCCUCCUCCCUGGUGCUUCGCGUUCCUCUCCUGGGGAGUCAGGGGUGUUUCAUGCCCUCGAUUUUGUAUCACUCCGUUCUCUGGCCGGUCCCCGGUGCUGCCGUUAAGUUUUUCUCUCUGUCUUUGCUGCAAUUUUGAAAUAAAAUGCCAAAGAACAAGA